AUGACUAAGGCUGACUCUCCACAGGGCAAGCGCAAGUCAAGCUCCAAGCCUCAAGGCCCCAAGAAGAGGGAGCCCCUUGCCACCACCUUUUCCUGCUUAUUUUGCAACCACGAAAACUCGGUGAUUGUCAAGCUGGACAAAAAAUUGGGCUUGGGGGAUCUGUCAUGUAAAGUCUGUGGUCAAAAAUACCAGACCGGCAUCAACUAUCUCUCUGCCCCCGUUGAUGUAUACUCAGACUGGGUGGAUGCAUGCGAUGCGGUCGCGAAGGACACUGCCGAUCAAUAUGAUGGACCCAGCACGAGUCAGCCCCGAGGAUCUGUCAAGCAGGCCAUACCCGAAGAGAUCGGGCAUGAUGAUGGAUACCUCGAUGAUUGA